AGCUGCCCCCUCAGGGCUGGCGGCUCCAGGGCUGCCAAGGGUGAAGCGCUGAGGGAUCCUGAGGUAACGCUGAGGUGUCAGCGGGCCUCGCCUCCUUGGCUGCGCUAAAAACCUAUUCUACGUAAUGGUUCAUAAAUACCCUUGGUCUGGCAGAGAGCUGUGCUCAGCCCUUGCUCCUGUUUGGAAAAAUUGCGCUGCCCAAGAACUGAAUGUCCAAAAGGGGACAGAGGAGAUCCAAAGCUUUAUUUGAAUAAAGGGAGAGUCCACCAGGCACAUCCCUGUUUUCCACAAGCUCCUUGCCCAUAGGAGAACUGUGGGGGGGGAAAAAAACCUCGACAAAGAGCAGCAUUCUCUUUGCCCGUGGAUGUGAGAAUUGCAUCUUGUGCUCCUACCACAGGAGAAAGAAAACCAAGUCUCUGCUCCCAAAGGCUGCUGGAACAACUGUUUUUUAUUUUUUAAUUCUUUUUUUUUUUGGAAAACACCAAAUUCUGCCUGCCUUCCCUGGAUGCUGUGUGAGGUCCUGUUCCCUGCUACACACAAGCCCUUUGGUAACGUUUGCCGAGCGGUUUUUGGAAGGAAAACUCGGCAGGAUGCUAUUUCACCACGCUGCUGGCGGCUCUCCUCGCCGAUGGGAUGCAGUGGCUCCCGUGGACAUCCCACACGAGCGCCUCCCGGGACCAAAUCCGUUAGUUUCCAGCAGGUUUCUCUGUUGUCUUCCUAUGAAGUUAUAAUUCCACAGAGGCUAGGAAGAGAACGACGAGAGGCCUCCAAUGUCUCCUCUGUGCAGGACAAGGUUUCAUAUGGUAUUGCCAUAGAGGGAAAAGAAUACACUAUUCAUCUAGAAAAGAACAAAGACCUGCUGCCCAAAGAUUUCACAGUGUACACGUAUAACGAGGAGGGGAAGUUGCAGUCUGAAAAACCAGAUGUCCAGGAUCACUGCCAUUAUCAGGGAUAUGUGGAAGGGGCCCUGGAUUCUGCCGUUGCUGUCAGCACCUGCUCGGGGCUCAGGGGGUUGCUGACGAUUGAGAACAUCACCUAUGGGAUUGAGCCCAUGGAUUCCUGCUCUGGUGCCAAACACCUCCUGUACCGCCUGGAGAACGUGAGGAGGGAGCCUGUCGCCUGCGGAGUAGCCCCGGAAGGUGCCGAGAAGGAACACGCAGAGGGAAAUCACUACCCCAGUAUGACUCAGCUGCUGCGUAGAAAGAGAGCUGUCCUACAUCAAACAAGAUAUGUGGAGCUGUUCAUAGUUGUGGAUAAAGAAAAGUUUGAGGAUUUUGGGAAGAGUGAAACAGAAGUGAGGGAACACAUGGUGCAACUGGCAAAUUUCCUUGACAGUAUGUACAUCAUGCUGAAUAUCCGCAUUGUCCUCGUUGGUUUGGAGAUCUGGAAGUACGAGAACAUCAUCAGCACGGAUGGAGGAGCUGGUGACGUGCUGGCAAACUUCGUGCAGUGGCGAGAGAAGAACCUGGUGAUGCGCCGAAGACAUGACAGUGCCCAGCUGGUUCUGAAGAAGAGCUUUGGAGGAACAGCUGGAAUGGCCUAUGUGGGAACAGUGUGCUCCAAGAGCCACGCAGGAGGGAUUAAUGUGUUUGGAAGGAUCAGCAUACAGAUGUUUGCAUCGAUCGUCGCUCACGAGCUCGGCCAUAACCUCGGAAUGAACCACGACGAUGAAAGAGUCUGUCACUGUGGGGCCAGCAGUUGUAUUAUGAGCUCUGGAGCAUCGGGAUCUAGGAACUUCAGCAGCUGCAGUGCAGAGGACUUUGAGAAGCUGACGCUCAGCAAGGGUGGGAGCUGCCUGCUCAACGUCCCCAAGCCCGAUGAAACCUACAGCGUCCCAUACUGUGGGAACAAGCUGGUGGACGCCGGCGAGGAGUGCGACUGCGGUUCCCCAAAGGAAUGCGAGAGCGAUCCUUGCUGUGAGCCUGGCACUUGCAGGCUUCGAGCGGGAGCGCAAUGCGCCUAUGGCGACUGCUGUAAAAACUGCCAGUUCCUGCCUGGAGGAACCGAGUGCCGGGCGAGUAGCAACGAGUGCGACCUUCCCGAGUACUGCAACGGCACCUCCCAGUUCUGCCAGGCCGACUUCACCGUCCAGGACGGCCACCCGUGCCACCACGAGCAAGCCUACUGCUACAACGGCGUUUGCCAGUACUACGAUGCUCAAUGCCAGGCUAUCUUUGGCCCAAAAGCCAGAGCUGCCCCCAACAUCUGUUUUGUUGAUGUGAAUUCCAAGGGCGACAGGUUUGGCAACUGUGGCUUCCAUGGCCAUGACUACAAGAAAUGCUCCAGCUGGAAUGCCAUGUGUGGGAAGCUGCAAUGUAAAAAUGUGCAGACAAUGCCUGUUUUUGGAAUUAAACCUGCCAUUAUCCAGACUCCUGUCGGAAACACCAUGUGCUGGGGUGUGGAUUUCCAGCUAGGCUCUGAUGUCCCUGAUCCAGGAAUGGUGAAUGAAGGCACCAAAUGUGAUACCGGAAAGAUCUGUAGGCAUUUCCAGUGUGUGAGUGCCUCCGUCCUGAACUAUGACUGUGAUGUACAAAGAAAGUGCCAUGGGCAUGGGGUGUGCAAUAAAAACGGCAACUGUCACUGUGAAGCAGGCUGGGCCCCUCCUCACUGCGAUACCAAAGGCUACGGAGGGAGUAUUGACAGCGGACCCACCUACAACGACAAAGACACUUCGCUGAGGGAUGGGCUGCUCGUUUUCUUUUUCCUCAUCCUCCCCCUGCUCGUCGCUGCUGCUCUGGCGUUUGCCAAGAGGGACAGGCUGAAGCGAGGCUUUCGAAGGCUCAUGUCACGCUGCCACUCGUCCUUCCAGUCGCCACCUCCUAGAACAGAAGCUGAACCCAGAGACUACCAACCCCGGGGCUUUUCACAUGGGAUGCCUUACGGUUCCAGAAACCUGCCCGUGGAGGUGGAACCAAAUACGUUUCCUGUGCCAUCCUACCCAGCCAGCCAGCAUGGUCAGCAAGCUUACUACUACCACCAGUCCUACCACCCGUCGCCCCAUUACCAGGCACCACAGCCCCAGAAGCUGCCUACAAGGCCGCCGCCUCCGCAGCAGAAAUGUGCCCCUCAGGGACCCCCGGCCCCCCAGAAACGUUUACCUCAGGGACACUAUAUCCCCUCUCGCCCUGCCCCUUUGCCUCCCAAGUAGCUCGGGCUGCCUCGGGGCUCUCGCACGAGCCGAGCUGGGCGCCGCGCCGCCAAACCCGCAGCCUCCUUCCCGCGAGCGCGGGCUUGAAACGAGGAAUGUCAGAGACCUUCAAAUACCUCCAGCAAAGCCACGGCACCCGAGCACGUCGUCCCCUCGCUGCCGCCCGCCUGGCUCGGUCGCAAGCGGGCCCUGCAGUUGAACCCUGCUGGAAGCAGAGCCGCCUGAGAGUCACUUGGGUUCCACAGGGAGCCUGAAGAAUGAGCUUGUCCCACUUGUCCUCCUUAAACGUGAAGACCUGAAGCGUAAAAGGUGCCACCAUCACAGCAAGAAAGCUGGGCAGUUUAAAUAAACCCACUUUGCGUGGGCUGGAAGGUGUUAAUCCACUUGGGCAUAAAUGGCCCAAGCGAGGAAGGUAUCGAUGUACUUUUUCCAGAGGAAGAUAAAUAUAUUUAUCAACAUGUUUAUGCACGUGUAUCUGUCUCUUGAGGUGUAAUAAUGUGCUCGAGCUCUUGCUUCCGUGCUGACUGACACUAAGCUGUGCUCUGUGGACUUGAAUUUAAUGGGUUGAAAUGAGUACUUUGGAGUGGCUAAAUGAGAAACCUGUACUAAUUUCCACUAACGGUGUGAAUGGGCAAUAAAAAUAAAGGUACGAACGAAGAAGGACAGGGCCCUAUUUUGGGUUUAGAAAAGCUUGUUUGGGUGUUUGGUUUUAAAGCCUGUGAAUAACAGUCCCUGCGGAAGCAAAACCCAAGUUUCCUCAGCCUGAGCUUCCCCAGGCCCUUUAAUGAGGGCCUUUAAUGAACCCUCCACCUCCUCUCGGAGGCUUUAGUGUCAGUCGGGAUGUCCCCAUAAGGGCACUGCUUAAAUCAGGUUAUUAAUGACGUGUCUGGCAGGGAGUGUUUUAGCGCCGGGGCUGGGUGGAGAUGGACUCUGGUACCCAGGCCCGAGGCCCUGGUGAUGGGCACAGCCUUGGGG